AUGGCGACAAAAAGCAAAGUAAGUUUGAAGCUCCUGAUAGACACAAAGGCAAACAGGGUUUUAUUCGCUGAGGCCAAUAAGGAAUUUGUGGAUUUCCUGUUCCACAUUAUGUCACUGCCUGUAGGAACCAUUGUCAAACUCCUUGGUGUGAAGGGUAUGGUUGGUGGCCUUGGUUUACUUUACGAAAGCAUCGGGUCAUUAGGUAAUGACUACUUGCAGGAUAAUCUAGAUAGAGAUUCAGUUCUCAACCCUAAAACUGCUGCAAGUGUCCCUUUCUUGUCGCUGAAUGAUGCCCCACCAAGUGAUUCCAAGAAGUACUACUACAGGUGCUGCUCAACUAAUGGAGUCGGUCGUCAUUGUCGCAAUGAUUAUUACGCUGGUUACAAUCACAAUCUUAAUAAGAAAGAGUGCCAUGACUAUGUGACUGACAACCCGGAAGCAACUUGUCCUGGAUGCAAUAGCAAAAUGUCUACCCAGGUGACCUAUGUUGCCCCGGAAAGCUCAUCGGAGACAGUGGUUUGGAGUAGCAAAACUGAUGGAUAUGUUAAAGGGGUAGUUACUUACAUGGUGAUGGAUAAUUUGGAAGUCAAACCUAUGUCUACCAUAUCUAGUAUCACUUUCCUUAACAAGUUCAAUAUCAUUGAUAUUGCUUCCGUGGCUGAGAAAGAGAUUCAACUUAAUCUUCAUGAGGGAGUUGCAAUCUUGAAAGCGGCCCUAGAAACCCAAGCUGUGCUCACUACUAUCGAGUAG